CACCGAUCCUGGGCUCAGGAUGGGCCUGGCCAGAAUCGGUGUAUGUGCACAGUUCUCUUUCCUCUAAAGGUGAUCCUAGAUUUUCGGUGUUGGUGGUAAUGGUUCGGCCACCCUGGAAGCCAGAAUAUUACCACCAUCACCGAAAUCGGGAUCUUCUUCCCUCGGUGGAGGCACGCCGCCGAAAUUGGUGUUGGUGUUGGUGUUGCUGUCGCCACAGCCACUGCCGUCAUCACUACGAAACACUCUCGGCUGCCCUCCUCCAGCGAGCACCAUUCAGACCCUGCCCCCGGCCCCCCGCGGCUCCGCCCGCGGACCGCACCCCCGCCGCGAUGCGCAAGACCGCCCUCAUCACCGGCAUCACGGGCCAGGACGGCUCAUAUCUGGCGGAGCUGCUCCUCAGCAAGGAUUACUGCGUGCACGGCAUCAUCAGGCGCUCAUCCUCGUUCAACACCGCCAGGAUUGAUCACAUCUUCGACAAGGUCCAGCUCCACUACGGCGACCUCGUGGACAGCUCCAACAUGGCCGCCAUCGUCGCAAGGGUGAAGCCCGACGAGGUCUUCAAUCUGGCGGCGCAGUCCCACGUGAAGGUGUCGUUCGAGGAGCCGGAGUACACCGCCCAGGCAGACGGCGUGGGCACGCUGAGGCUGCUGGAGGCCAUCCGCACGGCGGGCCUGGAGAAGACCACGCGCUUCUACCAGGCCUCCACCUCUGAGCUGUACGGCAUGGUGCAGGAGAUUCCCCAGAAGGAGUCGACACCCUUCUACCCGCGUUCCCCGUACGCAGUGGCGAAGCUGUACGCGUACUGGAUCGUGGUGAACUACCGCGAGGCGUACGGCAUGUUUGCGCUCAACGGCAUCCUCUUCAAUCACGAGUCCCCGAGACGCGGCGGAACCUUUGUGACCAAGAAGGUCACGCACGACGUAGCGCUGAUCGCCGCGGGCAAGAAGGAAAAGCUCAUCCUAGGAAACAUCGACUCCCUGCGCGACUGGGGCCACGCCCGGGACUACGUCAAGGGCAUGUGGAUGUUCUUGCAGCAGGAGAAGCCUGUCGACUACGUGCUUGCCACGGGCAAGCAGUACAGCGUCCGCGAUUUGGUGACACUGUGUUUCGAGAUGGUGGAGAAGCCCAUCACCUGGCGUGGCGAGGGCCUCUCGGAGGAGGGAAUCGACGCGAAGUCGGGGCAGGUGAAAGUUCAGAUCUCGCCGAGGUACUUCCGGCCCACGGAGGUGGACACGCUGCUGGGUGAUCCCUCCAAGGCCAAGAAGGAGGUGGGUUGGGAGCCCGAGUGCUCCUUCAAGGAGCUGGUCUACGAGAUGAUGGAGUACGACAUGAAGUCCUGCGGCUUGCCGCUGCCCAGCAGCGCGGCAGAGGUCGUGAAGAGGCAGGACAAGUGGUCGUGGUGAGACUCUGGGCAGACGCGGCCUCGCACUACGGCUAUCCUGAGUCAGAGAAAAAGGCACGAUUCUUGCUACAGGAACCGUGGGUGCAGAGAGCUCGUGCGAGUUCCUCUGUCGGAGCAGCGUUCCCGCCACUGGGCAGCCCUCCUUUUUUCUGUUGUCCUAUGCUGGCCGAGCUGCGGCCGCCUGCCACGCCGCACGCUGGCGUGAUCGCUCGCUCGCUCUCUGGCCAUGCACCUGGCAGCCCAGAGUUACGAGUCGGCCGACAGUCUGAACAUGGUUUUCCGCAGCCAGAUUAUUUUCCCGGCGGAGCUGAGGCUCCCCAUCGGCGCACGCUGUUGCGAACCCUUUGCAGGCACGUUAGCGACGGGCCUGAUAAGCCAGACCUCAUUCCCAUCUCGAAUCCUCUCCCUCCCCUCUCCUUCCCUUGCUUUCCCUCACUCUCGAUGCGUUCUCUUCCAGUGGCGCUUCCGCCUCAGCGCUGGCCACCUUGUCGGUGUGCUCGGGGUAUCAGAGGUCAUCAACAAUUCUCACGAUCCGCACGUGCAGUGAGUGUUAGUUCUCUCGUGACGCCGGCCACGUUCUCUUGGCCUCUUUUCGACGUUGGCCGCCCUUUCCGACUGCACGGGGGUGUUUUUGUGUGAUCAUGCUUCAUCCCGCCUCCUGUCAUGAGUUGUGCUUUGUCAAGUAUGUGCGACAUCGGAC